CGCCGAUGAACGCCUGAUGGAGCAGCGAAAUGCCCUGUGUGUAGUCGACUCUGAUGGCGUGGUUCUCUGGAUGCCUCAAGCCAUCCUCCGCAGCUCGUGUGAGUUCGACACCCUUUACUUUCCCUUGGACGAGCAAGUGUGUAUCCUCAAGUUUGGCUCAUGGACUUAUAACGGCUUCCGGUUGGAUAUCGAUUUCAAACCAGGUAACUUUCUCCUCUGUGUCCUAGUAUAG